AUGUUGUCAGAAGAAAUCUUGAGUAAACUUCAACAUAUUGAUUACUGGAAAAGAAAAUACCCUAAUGAAACAAAGAGGAAAUCGCAUAGUGCUCGGGCUAUUGAACUGGAAGUGUUGAUAAAAUAUUUAGGACCAAAGACAAGAAAGGGUCGGAAAGUGUUGGAUCUAAAACGUAAAUUGAAAUCUGAAAGAGAAAACAUAACUCAUACUUCUUUUCCUCCUACUUCUGCUAAAAAAAGUAAUAUUGAUGAAAAGGAUAAUCCAAAGAAGAGGCUUAAGCCAGAUCAUGAAGCUUCUACAGAGGUCUCUUUGACAAAAAUCAUUCAUAAUAUAUUACCAGACCUGGUCUAUCUUCAGUUGAGACAUUAUAAAUCAGAUUCAAGCACCAUAUCUGUUGAACAACGGUUUCCUGAUAGGAUUUCAAACUGGGUAGGGUUCAAAGAAGAGGUGCGAUCAUGGCAGUCAGAGUACAUCAAUAAGCGAUACAAAAAACCAACAGAUCUAGAUGGCCGUGCUUUGGAAGAUAUGGCCGGAGAGCCAGAUUUCAUAGUGGUUGAUGAAAACUACAAAGCACUUAUACCCUUUGAAUAUAAAACAAUAUGGGUUUUAAAGGUGCCUUCUAAUAAGAACAUUGUAUCACUUUAUCUUCGGGAAAAGAAGACUCGAAAGGGAAAAUAUGCAGGUUCAAAAGAUACUACAGUUUACGAACCUAUAAAUCAAAUUUAUGGAUAUAUGUGUGCCAAUAAAUUACGUUAUGGCGUAUUAUCAACGUUCAAUCAAACAUGGUUUCUUAAAAGAGUUGCCUAUGUAAUUUUCACUGCCACUAGUAAUCGAUAUUCACCAUUCAUUGAAAAGCCUGCAAUGUUUGCUGUUAAAGAGUUAUCUUCUGAUACAUCAGAUGAAGAACAAAAGGAUGAUAAAGAUCUUAAAUACAAGGGAAAGAAAACACAUCUUCAAAAGGGCUAA